GCUGGCUUAUGUAUAAAGUCGAAUUAUUUUGUAGUAUUGUACAGUAAGUAGCUGUGUGUAAUGGCUGGAUAGAGAGUAGAGCAGAAUGCUACACUGCUCUGUGAGUUUGAGCAAUGAGAGUCGGAUCUGUGAUGUAAAAAACUGCCAGCGCUGUUUUUCCAUUGGCUGGAACUAAGAGAACGGCUCUACUUGCAGCAGUCGAUGCAUCCUGCCACCGUCCCAUCUCCGACCCAGCUCCCAGCAUGUCUCGCGUCUCCUCCACUGCCAAGCGCUACGCUGGCUCCUCCUAUACCAGCCACUACAGCUCCUACGGCUCCUCCCUGACCCCCUCGCUCGGGACUUACGAUCGAGACAAGCUCCCCUACAAAUCCCCUUCAACGACCUACUCCCCGUCCAGCUACCUGAGCUCGAGCGGCAGCCGCACAAGGAACUACAGUGCCUCGUCAGAGCCCGAGCGCGGGCGCACGAUCCCACGCGCCGACCUUCUGGGCGGACGCCGCAGCGAGAGCCUGAGCCGCACACCGUUCAAAAGCUACAGUUCUGGACUCAACGGCGGCUCAACCUACUCGUCCUACAACUACACGCCGGCACGGUCAAGCUACCUCCCCACCUCUCCCGUGUCGUCUAGCGUCUCCCUGAGCCGGAGGAAGUCCGUCAGCCAGAGCGACCUGACGCGGGAGCUGUCCACGCUGGCACUGAACGAUGCCUCCAGCAGCAGCAGUAGCAGGACUUACAGGAGCAGGACAAGCGAUGCCAAAGCAGCAGAGUCCUACAGCAGCAGCAGCAGCAGCUUGCGCUCAGGUUUUGGGAUGUCGCGCAGCUGUACUCAGGAGGCCCUGAGCAGCAACAGCGGUCGCUUUUACGCGGCUAAUGGACGCUCCAGCUCGCCCCUUCAGGAGGAGUCAGUAAGACACAACUCCAAGGGGGUCAAAGGCCUAGUGGGACUGAAGAAUCUGGGAAAUACAUGCUUUAUGAACUCCAUCCUCCAGUGUCUAAGCAACACACACAGUCUGCGAGACUACUGUCUGCACAAUUCCCACCGCCACGACCUCAACAACAACCGCACAAACACUGCUCUAAUGGAAGAAUUUGCCAAGCUCAUACAGACGAUGUGGGCGUCGUCCGGCAGUGAUGCCGUCUGCCCAUCCGAGUUUAAAACGCAGAUCCAGAGAUAUGCGCCCAGAUUUGUGGGCUACAACCAACAAGAUGCUCAGGAGUUUCUGCGCUUUCUGCUGGAUGGGCUGCACAACGAGGUGAACAGGGUUACAGUCCGGCCUCGUGCCACCAACGAAGACUUUGACCAUUUGUCUGAUGAGGAGAAAGGUAAAAAGAUGUGGAGCAAGUACCUGGAGAGAGAGGACAGUAAAAUUGUAGAUUUAUUCGUAGGGCAGCUGAAGAGCUCCUUGACCUGCACAGAGUGCGGUUACUGUUCCACUGUGUUCGAUCCCUUCUGGGAUCUUUCCUUACCCAUCACCAAGAAGGGCUACGGAGAGGUCAGUCUGAUGGACUGUGUGCGACUCUUUACUAAGGAAGACGUGCUGGAUGGAGACGAGAAACCGACAUGCUACAGAUGUAAAGCCAGAAGAAGAUGUACAAAAAAAUUUACCAUUCAGCGGUUUCCCAAAAUCUUAGUGCUUCAUCUAAAGCGUUUCUCUGAAGCUCGAAUAAGAUCCAGCAAACUGACCACAUUUGUCAACUUCCCCAUGAAGGACCUGGACCUCAGGGAGUUUGCUUCUGACAGGAGCGGUAGUGCAGUGUAUAACCUGUAUGCAGUGUCCAAUCACUCAGGCACUACCAUGGGGGGGCACUACACAGCAUACUGCUGCAAUCCAGCAUCUGGAGAGUGGUACACAUAUAACGACUCCAGGGUAACACCAAUGUCCCCUGGUCAGGUCCGGAGCAGUGACGCAUACGUUCUGUUCUACGAGCGAGCAGGCCUAUGAGGGGCUUACAAGUCACAUCAGGUCUUCAUCACCCACUGUCGCCCUCUACUGAAAAUCUGACAUAAUAACAUGUUUCAACUGGCACUUCUAA